AUUUCUCUGAUAACUGGUGAUGUUGAAUAUCUUUUCUUGUGCCUGUUGACCAUUUGUAUAUCUUUUUUAGGGAAAUACCUAUUUAAGUCCUUUGGUAAUUUUUUAAUUGGGUUAUUUAUGUUAUUGAGUUGUAGGCAUUCUUUAUAUAUUCUGAUAUACAUGGUUUACAAAUAUUCCUCCCUAUCCUAUAGGUGCCUUUUCACUGUUGACUGUGCUCUUUGAUGCCCACAAUACUCUCCUGUGUUAUCACACCUGCUGCUUCUGAUCUCUGCCCUCAGUUGCUGCUAAAACAACUGCAGCUGAUGUUUAUUCACUAGAAAAUAUGGUUCCCAGUUUCUGGGUGGAGCGCACCCCCGUGCACGAGGCAGCCCAGCGGGGGGAGACACGGCAGCUGCAGCAGCUGAUCGAGAGCGGGGCCUGCGUCAACCAGGUCAUGGUGGACUCCAUCACGCCCCUGCACGCGGCCAGCCUGCAGGGCCAGGCGCAGUGCGUGCAGCUGCUGCUGGCCGCCGGGGCCCAGGUGGACGCCCGCAACAUCGAUGGCAGCACCCCGCUCUGUGACGCCUGUGCCUCGGGCAGCAUCGAGUGCGUGAAGCUCCUGCUCUCCCACGGGGCCAAGGUCAACCCGCCCCUGUACACGGCAUCCCCGCUGCACGAGGCCUGCAUGAGCGGAAGUUCUGAGUGUGUGAGGCUUCUUAUUGACGUUGGGGCCAACCUGGAAGCGCACGACUGCCACUUUGGGACCCCUCUGCACGUGGCCUGCGCCCGGGAGCAUCUGGACUGCGUCAAAAUGCUGCUCAAUGCAGGGGCCAACGUGAACGCGGCAAAGCUCCACGAGACGGCACUGCACCAUGCAGCCAAGGUGAAGAACGUGGACCUCAUCGAGAUGCUCAUCCAGUUUGGAGGCAACAUCUAUGCCCGGGACAACCGGGGGCGGAAGCCAUCCGACUACACAUGGAGCAGCAGUGCCUCCGCCAAGUGCCUGGAGCACUAUGAGAAGACACCUCUGAGCCUGUCCCAGCUCUGCAGGCUGCCAAAUGAAUCCUAUUGCCACCCUAAGUUUUGCUCAUUCCUUGAAGCUCUGCAAUUGCAGUUGGCAGGAGAGGUCGCUGGCACCUGGUGGGUACUGUCAACCGUGGACUUAUGCAUUUUGUGGAUACUUAAGGAACAUCUGUUAUGCUUCAGGCACUGGCUCAGUGUUUUGAACUGGCUAAGAAUGUGACUCACCAUCAAGGCAGGGAAAGAAAUGGUUUCACAAUCUGUUUCUUUAGUAAUAGAAACAAGUAAUUCUACAUGAUAAACCAUGAGGUAACAUGACGUAGUAUGUUUAGACUGCAUCUGUCUGCUUAAGAUUCUAUAUCAUAGUUUAAAAAACGAACCCAAAACCCGGGAGUUAAACUAGAGGACUUCUGUAUAAGUAGUUGAGGUCUAUUUGGUUUCAGGGGAAAUGGAGAAGGUACCGCUUGUGAACCCUCUUGAGGGUCAAGCCUGAAGCCAUCGUCCCCAGAAAUGUGACCUCACCAGAUUCUCCCAGGAGUGUGGGGAGCAGAGUGAGCGGGGAUGGGCCAAGGCCACGCCAGCUGUGCUCACAACCAGAGGCACCUCUUGGCAGGUCUACUUGGGUGGGGCCCAGAUCUGGUGGAAAGUUCCAUGCUGGCAGCCGUGGGCAUUUUCCAGCUCCUCGGUUCUGGCUGUUGUUACGAUGGUGCUUCAUCGUAUGUGGAGAUAAGAGCCCCUCCCAUUCGGCUGCAGGUGUACAUGCAUGUUCUGGGUAAAUCAGUGUAUCUGCGUGUACUAAUAAAAUUAAAAAGAGCUUUGGGUUCUGCCCUUUCAUCUUUGUAACAGGAACUUGCCUCUAGCCAUGACAGUUGCUAACAUUUCCACACGCAGAGUGCUCAGGGCAGAAUCCGGUCCCCAUACUCACUGCUCAAUAAAGGUUGUUGGAGAGAGUCCAUCCUUGUGUUCACAUGGCCCUUUUCUUACUUGGGUGUGUGUGUGUGUCAGCUUCAUCCUACGGGAGUCAGAGGGGCCACUGUCAUCUCCUCUGGGUUUUAGAUGGUCAAGUGAUGUCUGUCUCACAUUCCCAUCUUCCCCCCUCUCUGUCCCUGGUGCUGGUCUCAAUGCCACCCACAUGCGGAGAGACCCUGCCCAAGGGAUCAGAUGACUAAGAUUCUAGGGCCUCCAGUACCUACCCCUCCCCAUCUUUACUGAGAUGUAAUUGACAUAAGAUUCUUCAGUCUAGACCCAUCCGUAGGGUGAGGCUGAAGACAUCUCUCCAGCCCUCUGAGCCUGGGUCUUCCCAGCUGCAGGAGAGGGAUCAAAGGUCAGACUUUGAUCAUUGAAAGGAUGUUGAUGAUCAACCACUGAAUCUUAGCAGUGAGAAAAUGAGGCCCUGUUAGGCUCAGAUGUUUUUGUGAGGCCAAAAUUAGGUGAUUAGAAGAUGCCUUGAAAACUGAGACGUGCUCCUCAAAUGUAAAAGUCGUAUGUAUGACUGUACGGUGGCUUUGCUGAUGUGUGUAGAUCUUACAGCCAUGUAAAUGAUUCUCUUCUGACUUUGGGAUAGGACCACCUAUUUCAGGAGUAAUCGAUUCAGAAGUCCUCACAGUUUACAUUUUAAAACUCAAUGUGCACAUAGGGAACUAUAUUUAAUAUCCUGUGAUAAACCAUAAUGGAAAAGAAUAUGAAAAAGAACAUAUAUAUGUGUAUAAAUGAGUCACUUUGCUGAACAGCAGAAAUUAACACAACACUGUAAAUCAACUAUACUUCAACAAAAUUAAAAAAAAAUGCAA